AUGCCUGAGGGAGACAUGAAAGCUUUGGCAACAAACAUCCGGCAACAUGACGUUGAACUGCCUGUCGCUGAAACAAGCAUAAAGGAUCGCCCUAUCAUCAAUAUCGACAAUUACAUCAUCUAUUGCGGCGUUGCUGAUGGAAAGAAAGUAGGAGGCUGCACAGUAGAGGAGCGACUACAACCUGGUGGAGGAGUUCAGAACAGUAUCGUCAUGAUGCACCUUUGUACGAUUGCGUGCUCACAAAGGACUCAAGCCCUGGAUUGCAAGUGCUCAUGA